GAGCUGGAGCCACCGGUCAUCGUGCACGCACCCAGGCAGACUCGCAUACAAACAGACAAGCAACGCAGACAGGCAGGCAGACAGACGGACAGGCAACGCACGCUCCCAGAGACGAGUUGCCUCCCACCUACCAGGGUUCCGCGCGAUUUGGGUGCCAGUGCUGUCUCGAGGUUUUUUGGGGCAAAGGCGGUCGGUCGCAUUGCGGAAGAUCCGUGUGGUGGGGACUGACAGGCCAAGGGGGUCGUGUCAAGCCGAACCGCGCCGCUACCCCCGCGGUGUCUUCCCUUGGACCGCCACCGUUCGUUUUUUGCGGAGGCGAUAAGAGCCGCAGGCGUUAGUGGGGUGGUCAUGCAGCAAGGAGGUUGUUGACCUGCCAGUCCUGAAAAAGUGCAAAUAAGACUCGGAGAGAGUUUCUCGGCUAAAAUAAAGGCCACGUGUUAAAUGCACGACAUUCUUGUUAAAUGUAUUUAUUGAUGAAACGUUUUUAAAUAAAGUGCAUUGUCACUCUCAUGUAUUGUUAGUGUUCGUCCCACAUUAGACGUGGGGUUUUUUUUCCCAGGAACGCUCAUACUGAACGGUCCAUACAUCUCGAAGCAGUAGUGUCCAAUUCUCUCGGUGUUUUUGCAAUUACAGACAUUGCCAGCAGCAGCACUAUCAUCAUCGUGACUCAUUAUUAUUGUCACGCACGAGUGUGGGCGGAAGGUUCUGUUUGUGCGGGGCCCCCUUGUGCCCCCCCCCCCCCCCGCGUAAAACCGCGGCCAUGAACGGCCACCGCUCGUCCAGCCGCAAGGGCAAGGUGGAGACGGCCGUCUCAUCCCUCAUUGAGGUGUUCCACCGCUACGCCGGAGAGGACGGGGAUGACCUGUCGCUCAGCGUCACCGAGCUGCGCUCCCUCAUUCGGCAUGAGCUGCCCACCAUGUCCCAGCACUGCCAGUCCCCGCAGGCCAUGGACAACCUCAUGAGGUCGCUCGAUGCCAACGGAGACGGCACCAUCGACUUCAGCGAGUAUAUGACAUUCCUCAACAAGUUCACCAUCCUCAUCGACGACUCCUACAUCCGCGCGCUGCUCCGCAACCAGGCCAUCUUGCUGAAGGCGAGCACGGCGAUUGAGGAGGCUCUCUACGGCCUGGUGGAGGCUUUCCACAAGCACGCGGGAAGCUCGGGGGACCCCUUCAAGCUCGACAAACAGGAGUUCAAGAACCUGCUGCAGACUGAGAUGCCGACCCUGCACGAGUGCCUGAAAACCAAGAGGCAGCUGAAGGAAUUCAUCUCGGCCCUCGACCAGAACGGCGACGGCGAGGUGGACUUCGGGGAGUUCAUGUCGCUCGUAGGACGAUUCGCUCGGGCGCUCAACCACACUGUCUCCAAGUCGCCCUCGUCGCAUUGGACAAGCUUAUAAACGGCGUCGCGAGGGUCGCAGGGGUCACGAGCGGACGUGAUCACGAACGUCGUCUGAGAACGCUGCGGAGGUUGGGGGAUGCAGCGGUAUGCCGAGAGGUGUUGAAUGUUUCGUGGGGCGUGACGACGACGAUGACGACAUGUGCCAGUUGGUAGUUGACGUCACACGCUUCAUGGUUAAAGCUGCCAAAUUUGUACAGAGGCUUGACUGGGACAAUGCGGUAGCCCCCCCCACCCCAUUAGCUAAGUCCACUCGGUCGCUAGCCCCUCCCACACGAUGAGCGGCUUGUGUUGCUUGAUGAAAAUGAGAAUGUUUUAGCCUUUCUGGCAAUACCAAAUAGAUACCUUUUGCGAGGCGUCAAGUCUGCAUUAACCACAUGUACAUGUGGCAAAACAUGCAAACAGAUAUGCUAUGAUAAUAUAUGCAUUCUUGAUUUGAAGCUUUCGUGACUGCAGGAAUCCAUACUCUUUGGUUCUUUCAGUAAAGUCACGUAGGUAGAAAAAACAAAAUAUCACGAUGUUUCGAUCGCAACACAAGCGGUCGUCCUCAGGCGGAAAAAAUAAUCCAGCAGUGGAUCUGCUGAACCAGCGAGAAAGCUGUUAAAACAAGAGGUUAUUAAUGCAAUAUAUGCAUUGUCUUUGAAACUGAUUGACCACCCGAUGUGUAACUCAGCCCACUACUCAGGUUGGCCCACCCUUUGCCACAUGUCAUGAGUCGAUCAUUAGGCCAGACUUUUUUUUUCUCUGUUAAAAUACCGAUUUCCGCAAAUGCUUUGAGACACCCAGCAUUUAUGAACCCUGGAUUCUCGUGGCCAAACUAGGAAUGUGGUAGUUUUGUUAACGAUGCUCAGUCACUUCGCUGAAGUUAGUUGGCGUGUAAUGAUUAUUACUCUCGAGAUCUGAGGAGAUCUCGAGAUCUGAGCUCCUGUUAACAACCUGAGGAUGUUGGAUGUAAUCUUCAGUUACUUUUAUUUAAAUGUUGUGACAUCGCUCUCCAACAACAAUAACAACACCAGUGGUGCUGCAGCGGUAAUAAAUUUGUCCACGUUUGAUUCACGUGACACUUUUUAUAAAUUGGCUGUCGGGUGGAGGACGGUUUAUGACACAUUUUUUUACACAACCCAACCCAAUUAAAAACAAAACCCAAUUAUGAAUCAGCUUGAAUUAUGUUGAGCGGAUGUCCUAAUAUCACAAAUGCCACAGGGCACCCCUUGGCGCACAUCGGCACUCCGCGUUGCGAUGAGCACGGUUGGCCAUGAAUGGUGUGGUAGGUCAACGGACGUGCGUAUGUAUAUUACGCCGCUAAAAUAUUGAACAGCAUGCAAAUGUUUACGUCACCACGGCCCAAGGAUUAAAUACGCGGCCCUGCGGCGAUAAGAACCGCACACGGCGCACUGCGGCUUUAUCCGCGUGUUCCGUUUAAGAGGGGCCACCCUGUGCUAAGCUCAAAGUGGAUUAAAAGACGGGAUUAAACCAAUUGCGUAGUGAUUGCGAUUGCAAGCAUCUAACCGGAGCUAGAAUGGACCGACAUUGUGAGCGGCGAUUGUAGUUUACAUCUUUUUUUUAUCUGACUUGCUGAAGUGACGCAACCAUCUUGUCCAAACUGUUUGAAGGAUUAUGAAUGCAGGGUUUAUAUUUAUCUGUUUAUUGUUUUAUUGUUGUGCUUUCCCCCCCCCCCCAACUUGAUUACAAUUGUGACGUCGCCAUCCUGUCAUGAGAUGAAGGGGGUCCAUUUGGCAAUUUCGCGCAGCAGGGAUUUAGUGCAAAACCACCCCGUGAUGGAGCACACGACACAUGGAAGGUAACAAUACAGAACUACUUCUGAGAUCCCUUGAAGCGAUCUCCUGUUCACACUGCAAGAGCUGCACUUCCACACACACCGUGCUGUGUAGAUUCAUCUGAAGGGCUUUGUUAAACGUUUCGGGCAAUGGCCCUUCAGAUAUGGAUUUCAAAUGUAUCAGAGCCGGAGCGUGCCAUUGACCACUUACCUAUGAAAACCAAGUUUAACCAAAGUACUCGCACCUCGUUGUUUUAUUUAUUUAAUUUGGCAGAAGGGGAUAAACCCUCACACAAGCAAUUGCUCAAGAUUAGUGUGGAAUGGGAACACUGUUCAGAGCUUCAAGCUCCCGAUUUUAAACAUCGAUUCAGACCGCAAGGUGGCGAUGGGUUCAUUGCCUCUGACCGUCGAGCCAUCCGACCACUCUCACACUCCAACAGCGCUCGGAGUAGAUUUUAGCCCCCCCUCGUCCCCGUGUACCGACCGAGCCGUUAACCGGAGGCCACGGGCAAAUAAACAAAAGCAGAAUCUACCGGCAUGUUACGCGCAACAAUGUUGCAUCGAUACGCAACGCCGACGACGUCAUACCAGCAUCAACAUCAGGUCAGCUCUCGAUUGUCAGGGUGGGGGGAAUCAUCUGGGUUUGUGGGCUAUAACCGUGCUUGCUUGUGAAAAUUGUUCCGUGAAAUAUCUUUGCGCGUGCUCACUCGCUCGCGCUGUAUCACCCCCACGAGUCACGGGCCCAGUGACACGUCGCCCACGUGACUGCAGACGCAUUAGCGGUCACAAAGCCCAUUGCUUCAAACGGCGAGAGAAACGAGGAGGCACACUCACCAUCUUCAUGCCCAUGUGUUGGUGAAAACUAAAUAUACGGACAUAUUGGCGUUACACCGGUGCAGCACAACACAUCGAUCCUCAUAAAACAGUCUAAAAUCUACAUUGAAUCAGCAAAUCUGUUAUCAGUCUUUAAUAGACUUAUGUCGUCAAGUUUUAUGCGAUUUGAAGGUUUAUUCGGUCUACUGACACUUGCUAAAAAAGGUUAACAUUGACCGUUGAUUUGGGUUCGUUGAAUCGAGUAACCGCCCGACCAAGUCUAGGACACGAGGAGUCAAAUCUGCUCUUGGAACACGGAGCAGCCAAUCGUCAUCAGGCUGGGUGAUGCUAUACGUCAACAGGCUGUGAAGCGUCGUGCUCAGCCGCUCGUAUAAACAUUCAUCUUCUGACUGUUUCGACAUCACGACAACUGAUUUUGACGAACGACCCGCAAGAUUUUGUGACCGGGGUUGCAAAUCACGGGGAAAGAAAAAUGAGUAUUGUGAAAAAUUAGCUUUUUUUUUCAUACCCCGCACCGGUGUACCGCCAAUACGUUCAUUCGCCGAAUUUAACACAAACGUUGCAUUAUCUGUGUUUUAGUUUUAUCCAGACCUAUCCGUCCAAUGCCCUCCCCCCAGGUAAUCAAAAUUGACUGGCGUGUCAUUGAAUUAUUGACGUGGCUGAAUGUAACUUACAAUGUACGUGUUAUUACGCCCCAAGUGUAACCGCACUAAAUUAGAAACUUUUUUUUACCACCGCAGAGCUGCGUCUCACACGCGACGUAACAUUGCACCUCUCUUCCGGUUAAGUUUAUACGAAGGCUUUCGCAACCAAUGUUCUGACUCACAACUAGCUGCUGUUGGCUUCGAUCGUCGUGUGGUUAUAGUGAGGGAAAAAAGUAUUUGGUCCCCUGCUAAUUUUGUACGUUUGCCCACUGACAAAGAAAUGAUCAGUCUGUAAUUUUAAUGGUAGGUUUAUUUGAACAGUGAGAGACAGAAUAACAACAAAAACAUCCAAAAAAACGCAUGUCAAAAAUGUUAUAAAUUGUUUUGCAUUUUAAUGAGGGAAAUAAGUAUUUGAUCCCCUCUCAAUC